CACCAGAGUGUAAGUUGUGCUGUUAACUACCCUUCGGGUCAGAGUGCCGAAAAGUCAAUUCCACUGAAUGCUGAAUGCUCCAUUUCACCAUUGAAUAUUAGUUCUACAUCAGAUGAAUUUCUUGAAGGGUAUGAUAGCAAAGUAACAUGCACUGCCUUAUACACAUGCCACAAGAAUACACCAACUCUCACAUGGAACUAUGGCAGUGUGGCAGCAUCCACUAAUACAGAAAAAGUACCGGGGGAGACUCAGUGGAGGACUGUCUCCGUGCUGUCAUUUAAAUCUUCACCCAGUGACAACGGGAGAUCUGUUACCUGCUUUGCAAAAUUCAAGGGGGGGCAAACACAAGAAGUGAGCAUCAGCCUGCGGGUAAAAAGAAACAUACUCAAUCGGGGUUGGUCUUUCAAUGCUCCAAGCACCAUAAAUGGGUUGAAGGGAUCAUGUCUCAUCAUUCCAUGCAAAUUCUCCUACAAAAACUCACAGCCUAAUGACCUUCAAGUGAUGUGGUACUUGUACCAAAUCAAUGGAUUUCCAGCUGUAUUCAACCAAGGAGGGAGUGUUAUUAGUAAGUUUGAUGGUCGAACAAGCUUGAUUGGAUCAGUGGUGGAGCAGAACUGUAGUCUUAAGAUUGAAAGGCUGGAGAUGUCCCACAACCAUGACCGACUUUAUCCAUGGAUAGAUAAGAACUCAAUUACUUCCUACCACACCGUAGGUCACUCAUUUUAUGAUGGAUCUACGGAACUUAGUGUUUCAGAACAUGCACCAGAACCAGAGCUAAAUAUUAUUGGUACUCCCAGAGUGGGAAAGCAGGGCACUGUGUCCUGCAGUGUGCGCCAUGCAUGUAUUUCUGCUCCCCCAACUGUAACCCUAAAUGGUAUACCUGGAAAAGACCAGAUCAUGGACACACUGGUAUCUGAUGGGAUUUGGGAAAGGACAGUAGAACGAUUUUGGGAAGUGAAAGAAGAGCACCAGAGUGUGACUUGUACUGUUAGCUACUCUGGGGGUCAGAAAGCCACCAAGGAAAUUCCACUCAAUGUUGAAUGUCCAUUUCAGGAAAUCACUAUGAAUGAACCACCAGGGGAGUUAACAGAGGGCAUGGCGAAGAAUGUCACUUGCUCUGUUAUCUUUAAGUGCAGGAAAAACACACCAACUGUCAUCUGGAACUACAACAACAUGCAAAGUUCAUUAAACACCAAACAGACUCCCAACAAUACAUACACUAUAGUGUCAAAUCUGACUUUUAUUCCCUCCCUAAGUGAUGAUGGUAAACUUUUGACUUGCACUGCUCAGUUUAUUAGUGGGGAGUUCUCAACGUCUGCAACUCUUACUGUAAAACAAUAUGAGAGAGAUCCAUUUGAAAAUUACACAACAUCUGCUUUGCCUGCUGACGUCCCUUUAAGAUUUAGUGCCUUGACUCGCUCCUGUGUGGUGAUUCCCUGCAGUUUCCAGUACAAAGAGGAUGAACCGAUGACCCGUGGCAUCUGGUCCAAAAAAAGUGGAGACAUUGUAUCUCAUAAUGGCCAAAGCUAUGUAAUUGACCAUUUUAAGGGCCGAACCAAAAUGUUAGGAAAUCUAAAUGAGGGGAACUGCUCACUGGAGAUUGAUGACAUCAAGCCCUUUGACAAUGGACCCUUCUGUUUCUAUGCAGAGAAAGGACAUGAGACACAUACAUUCAACAACAGCUGUGUAUUUAUUAUUAUGAAAGCUUCUCCAGAAAAACCAGUGAUGACCCCCGUUCCAGAAGAAGUUGAUGCUGGUUCAACUAUAACUGUUUCGUGUUCUGUUACACACACAUGUUCAUCACAUCCUCCGGUGUUCUCAUGGAGUGUCUCUCACCUCACCAGUGAGGUCUCACAGAUCAUGAUGUCACGAGGCACCUGGCAGACAACUUCCACAAUCACUUUUAUUGUUACUGAAGGAGAUGGAGUCAGAAACCUCACCUGUAAUGCUAUCUUUUGGCGUAACAGGGAACAAGCCCACACAGUCAGCUUAAAUGUGAAGGGAUCACUGAUGUACAGGUUUAAAAGUUCUGCUCCAGUGGCCUUUCCAGUCUCAUUUGUAGCUCUCAUCAUAAUCACCUUAGCUGCAGUGUUUGCAGUGUUCAUCUGGAGGAAAAGGAAACACACAGAUGAAUCACUGAAACCACCACCUCGACCAGAAAAAAGGCAUUCAUUUUGGAGCCGAUUUUCAAGACGCCAAGACCGCACUGCGAACAUCAGUGUUGCCUAUACCAGCAAUGUAACCCGUGGAGCUGUGUCCAAACUACGCUGUCCAUCCCCGAAGGAUAACAGGAGACGACCACCCCCUUUCAACCCUGAGAAUCAACUGUACGGCAACCUUUGACUUCUUCAAAGACGUCCCAGAGACAUCUUAAUCUUUCAGGCUCAUGUCUCCUGUUUCAAAGGUUAUCAUCUAGCUGAACAGCCAUUAUCAACUGCAAAGACACCCGUGGUGGCUUCUGUUAUGAAUACAUGCUAAUGUAAACUGUACUGUUGAUGUCGAUGUAUGAUAUGUGGGGGAAAGUUCUUAAUGAUACUGCAGGAUCUAAUGUUUUUAUAGUUUAACUUUCAC